AUAAUACUAUUAAAAAAAAACCAACCCACCAGACCCCGCGCGCGCGGGAGCGGCGGUUCCCGCCCGGCCGCGGCUCCUCCCCGCCCCGCCCGGCCCGGCCCGGCCUGAGGGAGAAACCGGCAACGGGGAACCGAGCGGGGACGGGCCGCUCAAAAACAACCAGCGCCGGCGGAGCAGGGCGGGAGCCGAGCCGGAGUGCCAUGGCCACCGUGCUGUCCCGGCGCCUGGGGAAGCGCUCCCUGCUCGGCACCCGCGUUCCCGCCGACGGAAUUCCGGCGGUAGCCGCCCAAAUCCCGGGAUUGCAGCCCGAGCUGGCCCCUGGAGGCCACGAGGACGGAUCCUGCGCGCUCCCCUUGGAGGAGAACAGCCAAGCUCCCGGAUUCCCCGGGCAGCAGGUGCUCCUCACUUCCAGCGGGCAGGAAUGUGAGCAGGGGAAGGAGCAGGGCUUGCAGAGCUGCUGGAGGGUGCAGGACACGCUCCAGCCUCCUGCUGACACCCUGCCCAGAUCCAUAUCCAGCAGCAUCGACGUUCCCAAGAGGAAAGCUGAUGCUGCCGUGGAGAUGGAUGAGAUGGUGGCUGCCAUGGUGCUGACCAGCCUGUCCUGUUCCCCCGUGGUGCAGAGCCCUCCCUCCGGAGAGAGCGCAUCGCGGGACCCCUGGAAGGAGAGCGGGGACGUGUCGGACAGCGGCAGCAGCACCACCAGCAGCGGCCACUGGAGCGGGGCCAGCGACAUCUCCGCCCCUUCGCCACCUCACCCCGCCUCCUCCGGCAGCCCCAAAUACUCCGGGGAGCCCCGGGGCGAUGACGGCUUCGAGACAGACCCCGAGCCCUCCGUGCCGGAGGAACCCGCCCCGCGCAAGAGGAAGAACUCGGUGAAGGUGAUGUACAAGUGCCUGUGGCCCAGCUGUGGGAAGCUCCUGCGCUCCAUCGUCGGCAUCAAGCGGCACGUGCGGACCCAGCACCUCGGGGACGGCGCCGAGUGGGAGCAGCAGCGGAAGCGGGAGGAGGAUUUUUAUUACACCGAGGUGCAGGUGAAGGAAGAAGCGAGCCCUGAGGUGACCACCAGCACCACCAGUACCACCAGUACCACCAGUACCACCAGUACCACGGCCACCUCGGCUCCCAUCGUCAUCCGGCAGGCGCUGGAGCCGCUCCCGCUGGAGCCGAUCCCGCUGGAACCCGGCCUGGCCGGUGGUGCCCUCAGCCAGUCGGCCCCCGGCUCCUUCUGGCACAUCCAGGCCGACCACGCCUACCAGGCCUUGCCCUCCAUCCAAAUCCCGGUGUCCCCCCACAUCUUCACCAGCAUCAGCUGGGCCGCCGCCACCUCCACGCUGCCGUCCCUGUCACCGGUGCGGAGUCGCUCGCUGAGCUUCAGCGAACCCCAAACGCCGCUGCUCAAAUCCCACCUGAUCGUCGCCUCCCCACCCAGGGUGUCCCUGGGCACCAGGAAAAUCCGGGGCGAAGCCAAGAAGUGCCGCAAGGUUUACGGCAUCGAGCACCGGGACCAGUGGUGCACGGCCUGCCGCUGGAAAAAGGCCUGCCAGCGCUUCCUGGACUGACCCCUGCCAUCCCAUUCCCGAAUUCCCACACUGCUGCAACCAGGGAAACCUUGGAAGUACCUCCGGGAGCCUCCGGAGUCGCCUCCGGAGCUGCGCGAAAAUUCCUCCUCUUCCUCCUCCUCCUUCUCCGUCUGGGUUUGCUCUUUUUUUAACGGAAAAAAAAACCCUUUCCCACUUUUUUUUGGUUUCUAAAACAUGGAAAAUCCUUCCCUCUUUCGC